AUGCAGACAGCCGACUCAAAACUCAAUGUCUCCGAGUCCGUCUCAGGUAUCAUCGGUGCACUGCAAAACAUCCUCGCGCAAUCACAAGUCAUUAUUCCAGACCUCGAAACCACAUACUCCAAAUUCCCAAAUACAGACCACUCUGCCGUCGAUCUCGGAGGCCAGAGCGUUAUCGAUAUCAUCGCCGAGCGCCAGCAGCAGUUGGAUGGAGUUGUACACGACAUCAUGGGUCUGGAAAGCGUGGUCGAUAGCAUAAAAAAUCUUCAUCAGCAACUCGUUGAAAAGAAGGUCAAGAUCACGCAAUCGAUGAAUCUGCACAAGGGACUUGUAUCGGCUCUCUGGCGCUUUCCAACUGAAGUCCUGUCCCAGAUUUUUCACCAAUGUCUCCCGGAAACCAAAAUGUUGUUGCCAUCAAUGCUAAAAGCUCCCAUACUGUUGACAGGAAUAUGCCGACGAUGGAGGGAGGUCGCUGUGGGCAUGCCCAGUUUAUGGUGCAGCCUGAGGUUAUAUGUGGAAGUCGACGAUAGACACUGGCACCGGGCAGCUUUCUGCUAUGACAUGUGGCUCAAGCGUUCACGAGGACAUCCGCUCUCAUUGGCAAUCGGUUGCAACCACUCAACCAAACUACGAAGCCUUCUUCAGCCUUACGUCACUCACAUAAAAUCUCUCCAAGUCUCUAUUCGUUCCUUCCAGGGCGGGUGCCCCGCGCUUUUUUCAACAGACCUCCCAGCGCUUCAGGAGCUGACAAUACUAGGAAUGCGUCAUCCUGACACUCCAGCUAUUGCACAAUCUAUCUCGCGACUGUCGUCCACUUUGCGCAGUCUCAAGGUCAUCGAUAUGAAGCCAUUUUUCGACCUCGAGGACUUAUCGUAUUUCAGUCCCGUAUGGGCCCACCUGACGGAUGUCCAAAUCGCCCUUAGUCACCCGAAUGCAGUCAUCCACUUACUCCAGUUAUGUCCCAACCUCUCCUCGUUAACUCUCCGCAUAGCAUGCGAGCAAAUAGAACCCUUAAACUUAGAGUCAUUCGCGCACGCCAAAAUUCAAUCCUUGCGCAUCGUUUAUGACUCUUUGCUCACACGCCAUUUGUCUGGCCUGCUCAAUGCUCUGUUGCUCCCAAAUUUGCGCGUGCUUGAAGCUCGCCGCAGUGCACCAUGGCCUCAUGAGGAUUUGAAGGCAUUCUUGGCACGGUCAGAGUGUCCCUUGGAGACCCUGAUUUUUGGUGGGCGGGUGACGAUGACAGAUGUGCAGCGAGCUGAAUACGUUGCCCUCAUUCCUUUCCUCAAAGUAGUAGUGGAUCAUGGUAGUAAAUACAUUUGA